GUAGUAAAUUAAGUUACUCACUCACUCACUCAUCUAAGUAGCAGGCUCGCUACACUACACAGAAGCAUCCAUCUAGUUAAUUAUGGACAACAACAACAAUGUCAAUAGUAAUAGUAAUAGUGAAGAGAUCCCAUCAGCACCCUCCACCCCAGCUACCCCAGGGACUCCAGGCGCCCCUCUCAUCGCCGGCUUCAACCACGGUCACAACAGGCUCGGUCGGAAGCCGGCGUCACUGCUGAGGAACUGCAGCUGCUUCGCCGUCGAGGAAUGGGCCAUGGAGGAAGGCGUCGCCGGCCGCUUCCCUCCGGCCGUCUCUUGCUCUUUCUCCUUCCCCCGCUCUCCGCCCGUUUCCCUCGCCCGCAAGGUGGGAGCUGAAUUCAUAGGAACCCUGAUCCUGAUCUUCGCCGGGACGGCGGCGGCGAUCGUGAACGAGAAAACGCAAGGGUCGGAGUCGCUGCUGGGGCUGGCGGGUUCGUCGGGGCUCGCGGUGAUGAUCGUGAUAUUGUCGACGGGCCACAUCUCCGGGGCCCACCUCAACCCGGCGGUCACCAUUGCUUUCGCUGCCCUCAAACACUUCCCCUGGAAACACGUGCCGGUGUACAUUGGAGCGCAAGUGGCGGCGUCGGUGGUUGCCGGGUACGGGCUGAAGGCGGUGUUUCAGCCGGUGAUGGGGGGAGGGGUGACGGUGCCGGCGGCCUCCGUGGGCUACGCACAAGCUUUUGCGUUGGAGUUCAUUAUCAGCUUCAACCUCAUGUUUGUCGUCACCGCCGUGGCCACCGACACCCGAGCUGUAGGGGAGCUAGCCGGAGUUGCAGUAGGGGCUACUGUAAUGCUCAACAUUCUCAUUGCUGGGAACACAACCGGUGGUUCGAUGAAUCCGGUGAGAACUUUGGGGCCUGCGGUAGCUGUGAACAACUACACAGCGAUAUGGAUCUACCUCACUGCCCCCGUACUCGGGGCACUAUGUGGAGCCGGGACUUACGUAGCUGUUAAGCUUCCUGAUCAGGAGGAGGAUGGAGAUACUCAUGAGAAGCCAGCAACAUCAAGGAGCUUCAGGAGGUGAUACCGACGAAUUGGUUGAUGAUCAGUGGUAUAUCCAAACGAAAAAUAAACCAGCAUCUGAAAAUACAAAGAGAGUGUAAUUCAUGUACUUCUUCUUGAGUUUAACUGGCAAUAAUGCAUAGAUAGGCAA